GGUCUGUGGUGAAGUGAAGCGAAGUUAAUUUUUGCGAAGGGAUUUUUGGCUUGGGAUAUGUAAAUAUCUACUUUUGGUGAGGGUUAGAUUAGCCAUUCAAUUUAUAACAUUAAAACACGAUGGCAUUAGCCCUUCAAAGACGGGCAAACGUGAGGCUUCCACCGGAAGUUAAUAGAAUUCUAUACAUAAGAAAUUUACCAUAUAAAAUAUCAGCGGAAGAAAUGUACGAUAUAUUUGGUAAAUAUGGAGCAAUAAGGCAAAUUCGUGUUGGCAAUACACCUGAGACCAGAGGCACAGCGUUUGUGGUGUAUGAAGACAUAUUUGAUGCUAAAAAUGCAUGUGAUCAUUUAUCUGGAUUCAAUGUCUGCAACAGAUAUUUAGUUGUGUUAUAUUAUAGAUCUAACAAAGCAUUUAAGGGUAUGGAUAUAGAAAAGAAACAAGAGGAACUAGAUACUUUAAAAAAGAAAUAUGGUAUAUCAACAGAGGAACUUCGUAAAUGAAUAUAACAUCCUUACUGAUUGUAUUGUCGCUGAAUAAGAUAAUAUAAGAUUUGUACAAAUUAUCCUAAA